AUGUAUGUAGCUGAUACUAACGUUGAGGCAUUGGGCCGCCCAUUCCAGCUGGGAAUGCUAUAUGACUGCAGGAGAGAUGUUCUCAUACCAGGUAUUACACUCUGGGAUGCAGACAUGCUGCAGAAGAAUCUCAAUAUACGCCCACAGCCAAACACGGAGUUCAAGAUCAUUGCCUCAGACUCUACAGAGGCGAAGGCAGAAGCUCUUCAUGUGUCUGCAUCACUUGAGGCCAGCUUCAUGGGUGGGUUAGUGAGUGUAAAAGGCUCUGCAGAGUUUCUGAAUGACAAGAAAAGAUCAAAAAAUCAGUCCAGAGUUACUCUUCAGUAUCGCACUACCACACGUUUUGAGCAGCUUACCAUGGAACACCUGGGGAUUGGAAAUGUCAAAUAUUGCAAUGUCUUCAAGGAAGGAUCUGCCACACAUGUGGUGACUGCAAUAGUGUAUGGUGCUCAAGCCUUCUUUGUAUUUGAUCGUGAAGUCUCUUCACAUGAAAAUCAUCAGGAAAUUCAAGGAAGUCUUCAAGCAGCAAUCAAAGUGAUUCCAAUGGUGUCUAUUGAGGGUAAGGCAUCCCUGAAGAUGACUGAAACAGAGCAACAGGAAGCAGACAAAUUCAACUGUACAUUCCAUGGUGACUUUGCUUUAGAGAAUAAUCCAGUCAGUUUUCAAGAUGCAAUCAAAGUUUACUCAAAUCUUCCACGAUUGCUUGGGGAAAAUGGGGAACAUGCUGUGCCCAUGACAGUGUGGUUGUAUCCCCUGAAAAAAUUGGACUCUGAUGCAGCCAAACUUGUUAGGGAGAUAAGUAUAGGUCUGGUGCGCCAGUCUCAGCGCAUCCUUGAUGAGAUAGACGAUGCUGUUAUUCAGUGCCAAGACUUGAUGAAAGAUGAAAUGGCCAUCCUCUUUUCUGAGAUUACUACCAAUCUUCGGAAAUUCAAAGACCUGAUUUCUGAGUACAAGCUGGUGUUUCAAAAGAAGCUUUGCCAAUUACUUCCUACUAUUCGCGGGGGAGGAACAGAGGAGCAAGAGUUGGUGACUACUCUGAACAGCAAAGAGAGAUCUCCCUUCCAGAGUGCAUUGAUUGCAGAAUAUCUGAGUGACAGAGAACUGGUGAUGGCAAAUAUCUACAAGAUUUGGAAAACUACCUAA